AUGGAAGUAGCCAACUACUGUGAAGGCCUGGAUCCCUCAUACAGCACACUGGGCUUUGAGAAUGCAGAAGUACUCUGUGGAGGAGGAGACAGCAUGCCAACAGAGCCGAGCCUGCCCGGUCCAGACGGGGUCAGCAGUAACUGUGCAAUCUGUGGCGACAAAGCCACAGGGAAACAUUAUGGAGCCUCCAGUUGUGAUGGCUGUAAAGGUUUCUUCAGACGCUCCAUACGCAAGAGCCACGUCUAUACUUGCAGGUUCAGCAGGCAGUGCAUUGUGGAUAAAGAUAAGAGAAACCAGUGUCGUUUCUGCAGACUCAACAAGUGCUUCAGAGCUGGCAUGAAAAAAGAAGCUGUACAGAAUGAAAGAGAUCGGAUCAGCUCCCGCAGAAGCAUCCCAGACUCCCAAGACCUACCAACCAUUACUAUUCUGGCCCAAGCAGAAUCACUGUCCCAGCAGAUCACUGCUCCGGUUGUAAUAGAAGAUAUAUCAGAGCAGAAGUCGGCCACCGUCGGGGAUAUAUGUGAUUCCAUGAGACAGCAGUUAUUGGUGUUGGUGGAAUGGGCCAAAUAUAUUCCUACCUUUGGAGAACUGCCACUGGAUGACCAGGUGAGCUUGCUCAGGGCUCAUGCAGGUGAACACCUCUUGCUCGGGGUUGCCAAAAGGUCAAUGCCAUUCAAGGACUUCCUGCUUUUAGGUAACGGCUGUGUUAUACACAGAAACACUGCUGAACCAGAGAUAUGUAGGGUGGCCAGUCGGGUGUUGGAUGAGCUGGUCCAGCCUUUUCAGAAUAUUCAAAUAGAUGAGAAUGAGUAUGCAGCACUCAAGGCCAUUGUCUUCUUUGACCCAGAUGCAAAGUCUUUGCGGGACCCUUCAAAGAUCAAGGCCAUGCGUCUGCAGGUUCAGAUGAGUCUGGAAGACUACAUUAAUGACCGUCAGUAUGACUCCAGGGGUCGUUUUGGAGAGCUGCUGCUCCUGUUACCCACCCUGCAGAGUAUCACCUGGCAGAUGAUCGAACACCUCCAGUUCAUUAAGCUCUGCGGCCUGGCCAAGAUAGACAACCUGCUGCAUGAGAUGCUGCUGGGAGGCUUAACAUCAGAGCCCACACACCUGCACCACCCAGCACACACCCAGCUGGCCCAGGACCCUAUGACUGGACACACACUGGUCAUCGGCACCAUGCCUAUCACUCACACUCCACAGAUAGCCUCUCCAGACACUCCCAUCCCAUCGCCCCCACAGGGUCCUGCCCCAGAGAUGUAUAAACACUUUCCCCAGCCACUUUGUCCUCCAGCCAGCCCCUCGCCUUCCUCACAGACAGAACCCUGACUUUCCCUGUACUCCGUCAAAGAAGCUGACAUGGGAUCAGCUUCCUUGCCCUCUAUUCAUCAUCUCAGUCAUUUAUAAAACUUAUGAAAGCAAUCUCUGUUCAGUGUCUGAGCUUGGACCUUACCCCGGGUCUUCUUGCUGUGACUCCUGGUAGAGAUGCAUCAAUAACAAAGGUAUGAUUAAAGCUGCCAUGUGCAGCACUUUCCAACUUCAAUAUGUCAGCUUUAAAUCAAGUGAUCUAAUGGAACACCACAAAAGAGUUUAACAAACAAUGCAUGCACAUGCAUUUUUUUCACCCUAAACUAAGUGUUGGUUUUGAAUUCAGUUUUCACUCACCCAGUUUUAAAACAAUAAGAUACAAUGCAUGCAAGUGUACAUGAUGGCAGUUAAAAUUAAAAUUGUACGUUUUAUUGAAUAGUGUCUCGCUUGAUUAGACACAGAUACCAUUAGUCUUUUUGGUGCUUCAAGUACAGUUUAUCACCUGUGCAUAUCAAAUGGCGAGUUUUGAUAACGUGUAAAUGUACAAAAUACCAUCUAAUCAUAAUUUCCAGGGGAAACAGCAAUGAGAAAACAAAUUACAGUUGGCCAUCACAUAAAAAUUGAAUACGCUUGAUUUUUUACUUAAAAACUCAUUAUGGAUCUUACAGAGGUAAUACACUUUUUUUUUUUUACACAUCUUUGUUGAAAGAAAUAUAUUCUGUUUUUUGUAUUUAAUACUGAGCCAUGAAUACAUAUAACUUAUACAGUGGCACAUAUAUAUUCUUAAUAUACAUGCGUUCAGCAGCUGAAACACAACAUAAAGGGUAUAGUAGUUUAUGGGCAAGGUCAACAUAAUAAGAACAGAAAUGUAAUCUAGAAAUAACCUAUAAAGACCUCUUGUUUGUGGAUAAAUUAUAAUAUUUUAAUAACUUGCUGUAUAUAGUAAAAAAUGAUUGCAAAUAUUUGGAUAAUGUUUUGCUUUAUUCAAUUUCUUGAAUUAUCUGUGUUUUUUUUAUUUGGGUUUGUGUUGACAUGUGUGUACAUUUCCUCAUUUAUAAAUUGAUUAAAUUGUGAUUUU